AUGACAGGUACAGCACCAGGGCCUGAUCAAGACACAAUGAGCACUUCAGAUAUCUCUCAUCCAUCUCAGCAUCCUGAAAAUUUGGAAUAUACGCUCAUUGAUUGUCAAUAUGUAGAUGUACAACCAUGUGAAGUGCCAUCUUCAGAAGCUGAAACUGUCUCUUCAAUUGAUAGUAGUGAUAAAAAGGAAACAGUUGAUCUUGAUGAAGAGAUUUCAAGAAAGCUUUCAGCUGUGACCAUUUCAGAGCCUAUUGAAAGCGAAGACAGUGUUGAACUAAGAAGAAAGCGAGCCAUGAUUCACGAUCGCUUAAACAAAAGUGAUUCGAACGAUCAUCUGACCAAAUGCAUUAAGCACUUGUUCAGCAAUAUGGAUUCAUUGGACGCAGAUGCUAAAGCUGAUAGAGUUCUUGGUGUGAUGUUUCCAAACUUAUCAUGUGAAAUGUUAGAGAGCGUGAUCACUGGAAAGAAUUGCACCAUAUACAGAAGGACUGCAAUUAUAAAUGCUAUCAUUCAUGAGAACGAUAUAAACGAUGAAUUCUUUUUGCUUUGUAUCGCAGCAGCUUAUGGAGGCCGUAAGGGAAUAGAACGCUUCCAGAAGAAAUGGAACAUUGAUCUAAGCUUUGAAAAGCUUUCUCUGUGUAAUCGGGACCAACAGGAUGGUUUGAAGGGUUUGGUGAUUGUCUACUUAUCAAUCAUUGGACAUGUUCUUAUCUAUAUGCGCAGUUACCGAAAGGGAAGAAGCUACUUCAACAAACGUAUCAAUAGGCUCUCUACAAGAGAGGUGACGUUGCAAGAAAUUGGGAGAGUAACAAUCUGGAGUCCAGUGAUUUUCGAUAUCUCAACUCCACACAAUCCACGUAAGAUUAAGAAGAGGAGGCUCCGUGAGUACGAGACAUCAACUUUCCCCUUCAAUCGAGAUAUCGUUGAUGAAAUUAUCAAAGCACUUUUUGGCCGUCAAGUUAAUUAUAUGUGA